UGCACAUGCGCACACCGGGGAAGGUGCCCUGACAAUCCGAGAUACAGAGGGGUAUUUAUUCGUAAGAUCCUCCGAAAAUGAAAAUCCCUCAUUACCACUGAAGUCGGGACUGGACUUAAGUAACAAAAAAUGCCUGAAACCUAGCUUUCGUACUGAUUGAAAACCGAACUGUGAAAAACUGCAUUUUUCCGGCUGCUUCUACGACGUCGGUGUUGAGUAUGGUAGUCAAAGCUGUAGAUAUAUCACCGAAGCAGCACCGCCAGUGUCCGUUCCUGGAUUACGAAGGGAAAUCUCAAAGAUAUUUCUCCUACCAUCCCCCUUUUUGCUUGUCCGUCGCAACAUGGUGAAUCUUUUGACUCCAUUCUCACUGAAGUCAUGCACAGGUGCUAAUUCGUUAGUCAUGAAUUUUCUUCUGUAGUUUUAUUAUUGACUUCAAGUACCUCUAUCUUUGAGGUUUUACUAGUUCAAUUUCUCAUAUUGUAAUAAAGUAAUCGUACAUGCUUCUCAAACUUUAAACGACAUUGCAUGAAACAGUGUUUAUUGCAAGACAAUUAGUUAAACGAAGAUGCCUAUAUAUACAAAAAAUAGUUUCGAUGUACAAAACUUAAUUUUGUGCUUUAACUCUCUCUUCUAACUUCUGUAAAUAAACUUAAUUCAUUUCAGUCUUCAAAGUUUAAAGAUAACUCUCCAAAGAAUUUAAUUUUUUGAUCUAUGUCGAUGUUUUCUGAAGAUCUUAAUACGCAAACCACCAGCAAGAAAUUUACGCUAACCGAAUCAUAACUGUAAAUAUUCAAGUGUCCUUUAGUUGUGAGUUAACCAACUAGAGAACUUCUGAAGCAUGCUGGACAGUUCAAGCUUUCCUGUUAAAUAACAGAUCUAUGAAAGUGAGAUGGCCUUCCUCUGCUCAAUUUAUUGCUCAUCGACAAUCGAAACUUCCAAGUUAAGUGCAAUAAUUUCAAGAAGAAAUACUUGAACACUUCUCUGCGGACAAGCCCAAGCUGAAAAAUACAUUCGCAAAAAAGACUGGCGUAACCGCUGCGUCUGUCGUAAAAUCUACUGGCUCUGACAAUCAAAAGUCCUCUGAAAUAUGCGGAAUAUUUGAAAGAAUUAACUUAAGACUACGCCUAUAAUAGGCGAUGACGAGUAGAAGGGACAGCAACGCCACUACAAGUAGCGAACCAAAAGCGGUCAAGCAGCAUUAUUCGGCAGCUAAGAUGUCAGUCGAUAAGCUAAGUGACCAAGAAGAUACGGCCUUGAAUGGUACUAAACCGGAAGAACAAGAAGUGCCGGAGGUAAAAAACAUACGCUACUGGGCAAAUAAAAUCAGUCACGUUUUUAAAAAAGUUCGACAUCCAAAGAAGAGAAGAAGGAGCAGCUUCGGUUCCCUCUUUUCUUCCAUUGAUAGUCAACUAGAUGAUCUGGACGCCGAUCAUUCCCAUUACAAACCGGAAGCCAUUGAUACUUUAUGCCAGCUGACAAAAUUCAAUAAAAGGGAACUACAGCUCAUGUACAGAGGUUUUAAACAGGAGUGUCCUAAUGGCAUGGUCAGGGAGGAGACCUUUAAAGGCAUAUAUGCUCAAUACUUUCCGAAAGGAGCUGAAACUGCACAAUAUGCCCACUAUGUGUUCAACUCUUUCGACCAUGACAACACAGGAGCGAUAACUUUCACUGAUUUUGUAAUUGGCCUUUCUGUUCUAGCAAGAGGAUCUUUACAAGAGAAACUCCGUUGGGCGUUCAGCUUAUAUGAUAUAAACGGUGACGGCUACAUCACGAAAGAUGAAAUGUCUAGAAUCGUACAAUCAAUUUAUGAACUUAUGGGUAAAGCAGUGGAACCUAUGAUUGAAGACCACACAACAAGAGAUCAUGUUGAUAGGGUCUUUCAGAAACUAGACCUUAACAAAGAUGGGGUUGUUACUAUUGAAGAGUUUCUAGAUUCCUGUCAAAGAGAUGAGAACAUCACAAGAAACAUGCAGGUGUUUAACACAAUAUUGUGAUCCUAUUAAGCUCGAGAUGUUGCCAUUUACAGUGUACUGCCAUUACCUGAGAAGAACGGGGUGUUCCACAGCUCUCUCUCAGCUAACAGAUGUGAAUCAUUGGGAUCAAAAUGUGACAUCAAACUGCGUUCUUUCUCCACGAGCAUAUUUUUCUGAAAAUUCCACAGCAUUAGUUGCUGAGAAGCUAAUUUAUUUAAACCUCAGGGAAGACUUGCCCUGUUUCAGACUAGCCAGGCCCUACAGAAAGAUGUUAAUAUAUUUGAAGAUUUUUCGAUAUCAGAAGCUGAAUGUCCUGAACAUUCAAGAAGUGCCAAAAGAAAAAAACUGUGGUACACACUUCAAAACAUUGCUCUGAAAUGGUUGGUUGAUUUUAAAAAGGGGCAGAAUGGCUAUAAAUACUCGAGAUUGAGUAAAAUAAAUUAAUAUUUUGCUCCUCAAAUUCUCCUCAAACUACACACAUUAAGAUUUAAAUUAUUUUGACAAUUCACAUCCUCAAAUCCUCAUACGAAACCGCAAGGUGUUUUGACGGAAAAAAUAUGAGUCAAAGAGGAAUAUAUGAACGCAUGUGCCUAAUUAUGUGUAUUGGUGCAUUGCAUUAUUAUUUUCAUUGCCUUUUGAUAUUCCAUUAAUAACAUCAUGUGAUUUUGCUUUUCACCUUUGCAACAAAUGAUAAACUGCAUUGUCUAUAAAAGUUACAAGCGAUAUGCUUUCGUUCGAGGAAAACAAAUUGUUAAGCAGAUUUCGCUUUACACUUUAGGUGCCUUACAAUUAAGCACACAAGAGAUAUAAGGAGAUUUAUUUUAUUCUGGACGUUUCGUUUUGCAUUUUAAGAAAUUACAGUUCAAUACAAUUUCGUCUUCAAGCAUUGAAUAUUAAUAUUCAUUUAUACAUGGGUACCGAAGCGUUUUAUGCUUGAAAUCAGUCCUUGAUGCCUUGAUAACAGAGCCGGAGGGAAAAUGAGAAAGGAUUAAGGCAGGUAAUUUUGUGGAAGAAGAAGAAUAUUUUCUCUCUAACGAAAUUGCUAUGCAGAUGUCUUACAGAAGAAACCAUAAAAUGCGUAUAAUCACUGUAAGAGGUAUUUAUUACUAACACGGUCUUAAUAAACAAUUUGAGCAAAGUAGCAGAAAUGCAAAGUAGUAAAACUACAGAAUUUGUGUAAGUCCUGCUUAUUUUUUUAUAUAAUUAAGAAUUGUUAGUUUUCAAGUUAUCAGAAAUGACUACACUUUACAGUACACUGGCAUAAUUUCAAUUAAUGAGAGCUUAUUUUUUAUAUUAUCGAUCUCUCAAGUCAGCAGCACGGAACAGUAACACUGAAUUAAGUUUGCAAAUUCAAACUAAAUUAAUGUUGUUACCAAUUAAAAUAUAAUUACCCAUUUUAGUAUGGUAUAUGCGCUUAUUAAUUUUGCGUUAUUUUGUAUGCUAAUCCAUGAAUUUAUAGCAUAGUUCAAAAUAUAAAUAAAUAACAUUAAACUAAGUCAUUCGGAAAAAAAAUCAUCUGGUUUUCAUUAAGUGAUUUUUAAUUGAACGUGUUUUAGAUAGGAAUGGUCAUAAAACAAUAUGCACUAAUUUGCAAUUCUAUGCAGAAAUUGAGCACUUUCGAGAUCAGCGAAUUGUAUAUAUAAUAAUCGAAAUCACAUUUUAUUCUUCUGAGCAAAUUUUAUAUCUAAGGGAAAAAAAAAAAACUUUUGAUAGAAAAAAAUUCAAAAUAUUAAAACAGAGCAAUUAAUAAGGAUUUAACUUUUAAAACAAUAUCUUGGGGAUAAUUUAUGUUAAAUUCUAACCCUCUAAAAACUUUCGUACCAAUACAAAAUGGCAUAUAAGAAUAAUUAAUUUAGCCCACAAAAUCAAGGCAACCUGGACAUCGAUUUCCACAUCGUGAAACAGAUGCUGUUUCGCGGAUCGGAAUAUUACUUUAGUUUGGCACUAUACCUAAUUUAUUUGCUGAAUGAAAAAUCAAUCAGAAGUUUCGUGUUUAAUAUCUUCAGUGUACUUUAAAUGUCUUUGAUAGGUAUAUUAAUAAAGAAAAAAAUUUAAAAAUUAUUGAUUGACAUUCUCAAAAAAUAUUGUAUUUACACAGUUAGCUUGAUGUGCGUUAGUUUACAGUUUCUGUUAUAUGCUUUGCUUGUCUUCCUAAUGCCUUUCGUUACAUAUAAGAAAUUGCAAGAAUAUUUUUAUUUGUUUCAAAUGAAUAUAAGGUGUUAGAAAAGUUUCAAUGGUUGUACAUUUAACUUUGGCGUUAACACAUCAAGAAGGAACAUCGACCUUUAAAUAUGUUAAAAAAUACGUUUAAUUGUUGGCAUCAAUCUAUAUUAUUCAGGAAGUCGUUAAAACCAGAAAUUAGAAAAAAUAAUUCUCAUUUCAAAUGUUAUUCCUUGGAAUGAUUAACCUUGCUCACUUUAUUAUUAUUAUAUAAAAGCACGAAAACGCACAAAUAAUUUUAAAAGAAAAAUUAUAAUGGGAACGAUGGAAUAAUCUAUUCAUAAAAGUGAAAACACAACUUUAAAUUGCUUCCAUUGGAUCAAUAUUUGCCCUUAUUCCUUCCUUUAUCUCCAAUAUCAUUUGUCUUCCAUUAAAGCCUCUUUCCAUAAGAUUUUUAUCUAUUUCCCCAAGUGUUAUUUUACUACUGAAUUGAUGUUUUAUAAUAAUGAUUGUAUUUUAAUGUAAGGCAAGAAUGCUGUUUCAGUAAACCUUUCCUUUUGCUUUUCAAGCAUAAACCUUCUAUUAUAAACAAGAAGCUUGUAAAUUUCAACAUCUCUGAACCCUUAUUUCAUGUACUUGCAUCCUGACUUCAGAGGUAAAGGCUAUGCAGCUAGGCAUUCAAGAAUUGAACCAGAAAAUCAAGUUCGAUCACAGACAGUUGGCAUCUAGAGAACCAUCUAGUCAAUGUUUCGCAAUAUGAUGUAAUGCAACGUCAAGGAUUUGAUUUAUUCAAAAAUAAAAAACAACAAAAAACAAAAGAAUGGCAAGACUCGAGGAGUCCAGCGAGCGGACAAGAAAUAUGUUUUCUUUAACAUAACUUAUACAUCGCACAUACCUGCAAUUAUUCACAAAACUGUACUUUAUAGGACAUUGAUUUUAUUUUAGGAGUUUUAGUUAGUUUGAAGAGACAUGGCUCAGAUUUAGGUAACUUUCCUUGCUGCACAAAUUAGUGAUCAGAGAAAAACUUUCUCACCAGUUUUUGAAGGGUUAACUCACCUUCAUAGAUCUUCUAUUGUUAUUAAAAGCGUAUAACAAAAUGUUUGUUAUUGUAGGGUGACCAGAUUUAUGGCUCUAAACUUUUACUGACAGAAAGGCUGUGAAGGAAGGAAUUAUUUAUUAUUAAUUUUAAAUGAAUAAGUUUGUAAAAAACGCUUUAAUAUAAAAGAUGCUCAUAAGCUUGAAACAAAAUAGGAAAAAAAAAAUCUUCAGGAGUAUUUUUUCUUAUGGGGGACAGACUGCAUUUAUAUGUUUAAGCAAAUGACUACUUUCUUAAUAGCUAUUUCAUGAAUUUUAAAUUUAUUCCUAAACUUUCCAUCAUUGCCCAGUUACAAAAAUAACGAAUCGUUAGUCUAAAAAUGGAAUUCUUUACUAGAAUUCAGCAUUCUACUCUAUCUCCAAUAAAAAUUGCGAAUCAGAGAAAGAGAGCAAUUAAAAAAAUUCCUUUAAUUAAUGUUUGUCAUUCUGUUUUGAGAAAGUAAAGAAUACCAACAAACACAUUUUGACAUUCCAAAUAUUUGAACGAAAUUAUGGAAGAGUUUAUUAUGAUCUUUUUAGGCCCUUUAGCAAUGACAUUUCAUACACACACAAAAAUCACUCUUUCUAAAAGACAGGACUUCCUUUUAUGGUUGAACCGUAAUGCACCAUACAUCUCAAAUGUUUUUAAAACUGUAAAGGAAAUCAAGAAUAGUUAUCUAAUUAUCCAUUAUUUGUAAUGAAGAAACGAAAUGCUAGUUUAUUGAAAAAUGCUGUAAACAGAGUAAACUAUAUAGAAUUUUACAUUUUAAAUAUAAAUAAAAUUUUCCUUUUCCAUGUAGUUUUUUUUUUUUUUUUUUUUUUUUUUUCAAAAUACGAAACGAAACAAACCUACAAAGGUUAUGUUUCGACCCACCUGCUAAUGUAUAUGACAAAUUAUUUCCCGUCCUUUUUGUUUUCCUAAACGACGUACAUUUCGUUGCACUUCUCUUACUUAUUGGGGGGUGGGAAGAGGAAAGUUGAUACAUUUAAAACGGUGCUUUAUUUAGACCACAAAGUAUUUAAAACAAAAGUUUAGCAGAGGACAUUCAAAAUAUUACUUACUGCUUUUGCAUAUGAAUUUAAACUAAACAUUACGUGAAUUAGGAAACAGAAAAUGAUGUGAUAUGUGACAAAAAAAAAAAAAAAAAAAAAAAGAAUUUAUAAAAUCCGGUUCAUUUUAUGUUAUCUAAAGUACCAUUUAAUUUUUUUUCAUAGUUAAUUUCAGAUAAAAGUGAAGUUAUAGAACUUCAUUUAGAAAAACCUACAUACCUAAAACAAGAAAAUGCAAUCAAAUGCAAGAUUAAAUAACUGAAAAAAAAA